UCCCUCCGCCUCUCCUUCUUUCUUUUCUUUUCUUUUUUCCCUUCUCCAUUCCCCCCCUCCCCCUUUCUCCAGCUCCGUGUCAUUUCCUCCUUGCGCUCGCUCGCUGCCGGAGCGUCUCCAGCCGGGAGAGUAGGCGGAGCGGAGCGGUGCGGGGUGGCGUAGAGCUGGAGAGCGAUGGUGGCGGAGCUGCUGGGGGCGGAGGCAACGUAGCCCCGCUCAGAAAAGGAGCCCGACGGCGCCUGAGCCCAGCCGAGGAUGGAGAACCGGCCUGGGUCCUUCCAGUACGUCCCUGUGCAGCUGCAAGGGGGGGCGCCCUGGGGCUUCACCCUUAAGGGGGGUCUGGAACACUGCGAGCCGCUCACAGUGUCUAAGAUUGAAGAUGGAGGCAAGGCAGCUUUGUCCCAGAAGAUGAGGACUGGUGAUGAGCUGGUGAAUAUCAAUGGCACUCCAUUAUAUGGAUCCCGCCAAGAGGCCCUCAUUCUCAUAAAAGGCUCCUUCCGGAUUCUCAAGCUGAUUGUCAGGAGGAGGAACGCCCCUGUCAGUAGGCCGCACUCAUGGCAUGUGGCCAAGCUGCUGGAGGGAUGCCCUGAAGCAGCCACCACCAUGCAUUUCCCUUCUGAAGCCUUCAGCUUGUCCUGGCAUUCCGGCUGCAACACAAGUGACGUGUGUGUGCAGUGGUGUCCACUCUCCCGGCACUGCAGCACCGAGAAAAGCAGCUCCAUUGGCAGCAUGGAGAGCCUGGAGCAACAAGGCCAAGCCACCUAUGAGAGCCAUCUGUUGCCUAUUGAUCAGAACAUGUACCCUAACCAGCGUGACUCAGCAUACAGCUCCUUCUCAGCCAGCUCAAAUGCUUCUGACUGUACCCUUUCCCUCAGGCCAGAGGAGCCAGCCUCUGCAGACUGCAUCAUGCAAGGCCCAGGGCCAUCUAAGGCCCCCAAUAGCCGGCCUAAUGUAGCUGAGACCUCAGGAGGUAGUCGGCGCGCCAGUGGGGGCCACCUGACCCCCAGCUCCCAGAUGUCAACUCGUCCACAGGAGGGACACCAGUCAGGGCCUGCCAAGGCAGUCAGGGGCCCACCACAACCUCCAGUGAGGCGGGACAGCCUUCAGGCCUCCAGAGCCCAACUUCUCAAUGGAGAGCAGCGCAGGGCAUCUGAGCCUAUGGUCCCCUUGCCACAGAAAGAGAAACUGAGCUUGGAGACAGUACCACCCGCAAGGAACCCUAAUAGAUUCUGUUGCCUCAGUGGGCAUGACCAAGUAACAAGUGAGGGCCAUCAGAACUGUGAGUUCAGUCAGCCUCCUGAAUCCAGCCAACAGGGCUCUGAGCACCUACUGAUGCAGGCCUCAACCAAAGCUGCUGGAUCCCCAAAAGCCUGUGACAAAGCUUCCAGCAUGGAUUCCCACUCACUCAAUGAGGCUUCAGUAGAGCUAGCUAAGGCUUCUUUUGGCAGACCUCCACAUCUCAUAGGACCCACAGGGCAUCGCCAUAGUGCCCCUGAACAGCUGCUGGCAUCCCACCUGCAGCAUGUGCACCUUGAUACCAGGGGCAGCAAAGGGAUGGAGCUCCCACCCGGACAAGAUGGGCACCAGUGGACUCUGUCCCCUUUGCACAGCAGCCACAAAGGGAAGAAAAGUCCAUGCCCCCCUACAGGAGGAACCCAGGACCAGUCCAGCAAAGAAAGAAAGACCAGACAAGUGGAUGACAGGCCUUUGGUUUUGGCACACCAGAGCCAAAGCAGUCCCCCACAUGGAGAGGUUGAUGGACACCCCUCAGAAAGAGGUUUCCUGGACCUAAACAGAACAAGCAGAGCAGGCAGUGAAUUGGCCAACCAGCAAUCCUCUGCCUCUGGCUCCCUUGUUCAACAAUCCAGGGACUGUUCUUCAACCACUAAAGUAGCUGGCGGCACAGAGGCAACCGAAGAAGGAAACAGUGAGCCCAGGGAGUGUAGCCGGAUGGGUGGCAGGCGAAGCGGAGGGACCCGGGGCCGCUCAAUCCAAAACCGGCGGAAGAGUGAGCGUUUUGCUACCAAUCUGCGUAAUGAAAUUCAGAGGAGGAAGGCCCAGCUCCAGAAAAGCAAGGGUCCCUUGUCACAGCUGUGUGACACUAAGGAGCCAGUGGAAGAGACCCAGGAGCCCCCAGAAAGUCCUCCACUCCCUGCCUCUAACUCAUCGCUUCUAUCUUCAUGUAAAAAAAACCCCAGCCCCAGAGACAAGCUCUUCAACAAAAGCAUGAUGCUCAGAGCCAGGUCUUCAGAGUGCCUCAGCCAAGCCCCUGAGAGCCAUGAAUCUAGGACAGGCUUAGAGGGACGAAUAAGCCCUGGCCAGAGGCCUGGCCAGUCCUCUUUGGGCCUGAACACCUGGUGGAAAGCAUCUGACCCAUCCUCCUCAGACCCUGAGAAAGCACAUACUCACUGUGGAGUUCGUGGAGGUCGUUGGAGAUGGUCUCCAGAGCUUAAUUCACAGCCACAUGUGGCAGUAGCCAUGGAAGGCCCUUCCAACCCAGGUGACAACAAGGAAUUGAAGGCUUCUACUGCUCAAGCUGGGACAGAAGCCAUUCUCUUGCCUUUUGCAGACAGAAGGAAGUUCUUUGAAGAGAGUAGCAAAUCCUUAUCUACAUCUCAUUUGCCAGGUUUAACCACUCAUAGCAACAAGACUUUUACCCAGAGACCAAAAGCAAUAGACCAAAACUUCCAGCCAAUGAGCUCCAGCUAUAGGGAAUUGAGGCACCAUCCCAUGGACCAAUCAUAUCAUUCCACAGACCAAGCAUAUCAUGCCACAGACCAAUCAUAUCAUUCCAUGUCACCCCUUCAGUCAGAAACUCCUUCUUACUCAGAACGUUUUUCAAGCAAAGGUCUAGAAAAUUCCAUGUGUUGUAAGCCACUACACUGUGGUGAUUUUGACUACCACAGGACCUGCUCUUACUCCUGCAGUGUUCAGGGAGCUGUAGUCCAUGAUCCUUGCAUUUAUUGUUCUGGGGAAAUCUGCCCUGCCUUGCUAAAGAGAAAUAUGAUGCCAAAUUGCUACAACUGCCGGUGCCACCACCACCAAUGCUUUCGGUGUUCAGUUUGCUAUCAUAAUCCUCAGCACAGUACCCUCGAGGACAGCAGCUUGGCACCUGGCAACACUUGGAAACCCAGGAAGCCGACAGUGCAGGAAUUUCCUGGGGACAAAUGGAAACCAAUAACAGGAAACAGGAAGACCAGCCAGUCAGGGAGGGAAAUGGCUCAUUCCAAGAAUAGCUUUUCGUGGGCAACCCCUUUCCAUCCUUGCCCUGAGAACCCAUCGCUGGACUUGUCAAGCUACCGGGCAAUUUCUUCUCUCGACCUCCUUGGAGACUUCAAACAUGCUUUGAAAACAUCAGAGGAAACCUCAGUAUAUGAGGAGGGGAGCUCCCUUGCCUCCAUGCCCCACCCACUGCGCAGCCGUGCCUUCUCAGAGAGUCACAUCAGCUUGGAGCCCCAAAGCACCCGGGCCUGGGGGCAGCAUAGGAGGGAGCUCUUUAGCAAAGGUGAUGAGACCCAGCCGGAUCUUCUUGGAGCCAGGAAGAAGGCCUUUCCUCCUCCUCGCCCUCCUCCUCCCAACUGGGAAAAGUACAGGCUCUUUCGUGCAGCCCAGCAGCAGAAGCAGCAACAGCAGCAGCCACAGCAGCAGCAGAAACAAGAGGAGGAGGAAGAAGAAGAAGAGGAGGAGGAGGAGGAGAGAGAAGAGGAGGAAGAGGAGCUGCCACCCCAGUAUUUCAGUUCAGAAACCUCUGGUUCCUGUGCUCUCAAUCCUGAGGAGGUCCUGGAGCAGCCUCAACCCCUAAGCCUUGGCCACAUGGAGGGCUCAAGACAGGGUUCGCAAAGUAUCCCAGCAGAGCAAGAAUCCUUUGCACUCCAUUCCAGUGAUUUCCUGCCUCCAAUAAGGGGUCAUUUGGGAUCUCAACCUGAGCAGGCUCAGCCCCCUUGCUACUAUGGCAUUGGUGGGCUUUGGAGGACAUCAGAACAGGAAGCCACCGAAUCCCCCAAACAAGAGUUUCAGCACUUUUCGCCUCCUCCAGGGGCCCCAGGAAUCCCUACCUCUUACUCAGCUUAUUACAAUAUUUCUGUGGCCAAGGCAGAGCUGCUGAACAAACUGAAAGAUCAACCCGAGAUGGCAGAGAUUGGCUUAGGAGAUGAGGAAGUUGACCAUGAACUGGCUCAAAAAAAGGUACAGCUUAUUGAAAGCAUCAGCAGAAAACUUUCUGUCUUACGGGAGGCCCAGCGAGGGCUGCUAGAGGACAUCAAUGCCAAUUCUGCCCUUGGGGAGGAGGUGGAGGCCAACUUAAAAGCCGUCUGCAAAUCCAAUGAAUUUGAAAAAUACCACUUGUUUGUUGGGGACCUGGACAAAGUGGUCAACCUGUUGCUGUCACUCUCUGGACGACUGGCCCGGGUAGAGAAUGCUCUCAAUAGUAUCGAUUCAGAGGCCAACCAGGAGAAGUUGGUGCUGAUAGAGAAGAAGCAGCAGCUGACGGGGCAGUUGGCAGAUGCCAAGGAGCUGAAGGAGCAUGUGGACCGCCGGGAGAAGUUGGUGUUUGGCAUGGUCUCCCGCUACCUGCCUCAGGACCAGCUCCAAGAUUACCAGCACUUUGUCAAGAUGAAAUCUGCUCUCAUCAUUGAACAGCGAGAGCUGGAGGAGAAGAUCAAGCUCGGGGAAGAGCAGCUCAAAUGUCUCAGGGAGAGUCUACUCCUGGGGCCCAGCAAUUUCUAAUUCUGCCAGCAGUCUGCCACAGCAUCCCUGCCCAGCCACAGUGGGAAGUGCUUUCAGUCUUCUUUGUUAGCAGUUUCUCAGCAAAUAGAUAGCAAUUAGCAGUUUCUUCCAGCCCUCUACCCUGGAUGUCUCUCACGGCCCCUUCCCUAGCAGUGGUCCUAACCAGUUAGGAGACCUUGGGGAAGCCACAGACCUCUACCCAAGGGAACUGCGGCAAGGUGUGAUCUUACAGCCACACUCUCCUUCCCACAGUUGCCAAGGGCAAGUACUCGCUGCACACAGAGCCAACUAAGUGCCUUCAUUCUGCUUUGUACUAGGACACCAAAGACAUCAAGUGCUCAUCACCCACCCAUAUCAUCAACAGGCUCAGAGGAAAGCUUCCUUGCAGCUCUGCUCUGCCCCAGGGCUUGUGGCCCAGCCAUUACUCACAGAGAGCUGGCUGCCUUGAGGGCAUUCACCUGGCACCAGUUUCAGGGCCUCAUCCAAGCUUUGCAGGGAAAAGCACAGAAGGAGGAAUUAUACUGAACAAAAUGCAAGCAAACGUUGUGUAUUCCCAGGUGACCCUUAGGAAGGAACCAGGUUUAAAUCCACUCUACCCUCACCUUUCCCAGCAGCAAGUUCAGGGGAAGAGUCCUACUCUUAGCCUUGGGUAGUAUGACCUUCUUCCUGUCCUAAGACUUUGGUUCUACCACCUCUUGUUUCAUCUUUCCUUUUCAUUGCUGGGGGUUACCCCAGGUGCCUACCCCAGGGCUUCACCAUAUGGGCCAUUAAUAGCUCUACUAAAACUGACUUUUAGAUACAGGUUUCAUUAUUGGGGGAGGUGGUUCUUAUUGUUAUAUUUUAAAUGACAUUUUGUUUUUAUUUAUUUUUAUGUUUUGAUUAUUUUUUUUCUUUUUAAACUAGUAAGGAGAAAAGAGGGACGUUGGAGAGGGAAAAGUUAGCCCAGAAGGAAAGCAUUUUCUGCAGAUCAGCCGGAAUCCACCGUGGCUAGGUAAGCAGGUACCAAGGUAUAGAAUUGUUCCCACCAUAGCUAUCAAUGUCUAGGAAUGAGAUCUCCCCUUGAACUUAGAGCCUCCCUACUGUGGCCUGGCCCUGUGCUUCCCUGAAGUCUAAGUGACUGUGAGUUUAGCAUUCCCCAGCAGGGUUCAAGUUUUUCUUACUGAGUUCUUUUUGAAACCAAAGAAAUCUCCUGAAACAGAGAAAGGUUCAGCCAUUUCUCUACCAUCUCCAAGCUAUGGGAUGAGUAGAGGUGAGCUCAGGAGGACCUCCUCUAACCAUUGCUUUCUCAGCAUGUGGCCUGGCUAAGGGGAACCAAAACUCAAGGUAGCUUGGAGCUCCAGCCAAAACCAGCUCCCCAGAGCAGCUGAUGACCCAGCCAGGAUCUUAGGCAUGCAAACAAUUAAAACUGCUGCUGUUGCCAAGGCCCUGGCACCAGUAGCUAGUUUCUAUGCUGGAAAGGCAGCCCUCAGGUGGACGAUGGACAAAAGGGGGUUAUGGUCAUAUGCUGCCCUGUUAUCCAGCUCAGCUGUUUCUUACUAACUGCGGCCAAUACUUGGUAUUAUGCAACCCAGCCAAGGCCUGGCAUCUCUGCUAGUUACUGCUGAGUUCCUCGGGGUCCUUGAAGGUCAACUGUAGCAGCGGGGAUGUCUCCUUCAGCCAAAGAAUUUACCAAGGAAGUUUUGCUGCUGUUACAAAUACUUUUCACUAGCUUCCAUUUCCUCUUCAUUGUAUUUGAAAACAAUGGGAGAAUCUUGGCCAGCAGGGUGUCCUGGGGUGGGGGGUGUGGUAAGCCUUUCUGUGGAGCUCUGGGUUUGCUCUUAGUACUGCUGCUGGAAACACUGUUAGAAUGGCAACCCUGCCAUUUUCCCCUCCAGUGGAAGAUUCUACUUUAUUCAGGAAGGCUGGUGGCUUGCAAGGUCUAGGCUUACACAAGCCAGCCAAGAUUGAGAAGGUAGGGGAAUGCUUUGAAUGGAGGCCAUAGUUGUUAUCUUUUCUUCUGAGCAGGCUCUAAGACAAGCAAUGAGCAAACUGAUGUGUCCUAUAUUGGGAAGAUGAGGCUGAUAUGUUCCAUCAUUCUCAGAUUUGUUGAUUAGAACAACUUUUUGGUAAUAUGGGCCUAUGGAAAGGAAUGAUCACUUACUUGGACACUAUGGCCAUAGUCUGAGUUUUUCUAGUCAGCAUGUGAUUGGUUGUACCUUAAGUUUAUGACGCCAAAAAUACUAUUGACUCUGUUAUUUUUGUUCUUCAUCCCACCUCAAAUUAGUUUCUAGAGUUGGAAUCAGAUCACAAAGAUGUUCAUUUUCACAUGCAGGGAAAGUUGCCAAAGCACCUGAAAAUAACCCCAAAGCUAUACCUAGCAGUGAAGCUCAGUAGAUAAAGGUGAACUGCUGAACAGACACUGGCAUGCCACACUCCUGCCAGGGCAGACUCAUUGUGUGUGACAGUGCUGCAAAGCUGCCAGUAUUACUUGAGAUGCAGUGUCUCUCCCCUGUUCUCAGUUCCUGGGCUCAGCCCUCCUCCAAGCCCUGCCAGUGAGAAGCAGUUUGGAAGGCAGGCCAAAGGAGAUCCCCAAAGACAGUUAUUAGUCUUGACUUCUGCUCUCUCCCUUCAAAUAUUUAUACAGGCCCUCAGGGAUAAUAGGCAAGCAUGAUGGUUGAUAGAGAAGUCAGUGUAUGAGUUACUAUCACAUGUCCCCCCACUUCCCCUGCCACCUGCAAGGGCUCUGGAUAAUUGAGUCUCCCUGAGUCCCAUAGCUGGAGACUCAGCCAGGAUAUAGCCGGUAAUGCCCAAGUAGAAUCCGACAGAAAAAGACAGAGACGCUGAAAAUAAAGUCCUAGAAAGGAAGAAAUUGGAAGCAGAGAAAAGGAGAGAAGAUGAAAAGAUGAAAAGCCUUUUUCAAGGUUAGGUUCAGGUUCUGUUUUCUAUUUAAUCUCAUGUGCCAAAAAGCUGCCCAGGCACACCAGAGCCGCAUUCUGAACCCAAGUCUCCCUGAAGGUGCUGCUCUGCCAGUAGCAGGCCCCAGAUGGAAGAAGCUGGUCCCAUUUCUGGCCACUUCCACCCAUUUGGAGCUUGGUGACUCCCACUGUCUUUGCCAGAGGAGUUGUCUAUGCCAAUAAUAUUUCUGCAACAACAUAUUAUAUUAUUUGAAGAUUAGUAGAUCUUUUAGAGGGGGGUGGGGCAGGGGGCAGUUUCUAUAGAUAAAGAACUAAUGUUGGUUGUACAGCUGUUGGGGGUCAUGUAUCCCAUGUGAAGCUAUUCUUUUUCCAAAUCUUAUUGUUUCUGCAUUUGUGUCCUCCACCACUCCCUUCUUGGCUGACAUAGAUAUGCCUGCCAGAUUGUCAUCAAGGGUCAUAUUUCAAUAAAAGGUGCUAAGGACAAUAAAAAUCUCAUGUGUUUUGACUCAGGUGAUGGAAGUCUAAAGAUUCUGCUGAAAAUUCCCCUUCAUAUGACCGGACCCUUACCCACAUCCCUAAACCCUUACUCUGGCCUCUGAGGGAUGGUAUUAAUGAUAUACCAUUCAUCAUCCCCAGUUAAAUAGCAGGAUCUGCCAUAGCCUUUUUAGAGGAACAACUUUUAGACAUCUAUUUCAAGAGCACCCUGAAGAGGGAACACAGAGUUUAAACCAUUGGUUAUUUGUAUUGUUAUCGCAGUAUUGAAGCAUGGUAUUUUUCUCAUGACCUCAAGAACACAGCCCUGCCCUUUAGCUCACUGAUAUAUUUCUUUCUCUCUGGUUAGUCAGUGGCAACAUCACAACCAGUCUAACCCCAUGCUUAGAAUGCAGAAAAAGUCAACGAUGGUGUAAUCUCAGGUAUAGACCUAAGCAGUAGAGAGUCCAAUUCUGGAAUCUAGCCUGAUUGCAGGUAAGCCACGUUCUUUCUAGACUUCUUCUAAUCUUGAAUUCUUUCUAGUAGUUUCAUCUUACUUUUAGCUGAUACUCCAAUCUCACACCUUCACUCUCAGCUCCCUGGAAAGCAAGGGUCUUGCUGAUCUGCUGCUCUCCAAAUCAGCCUCAAAGAUUAGACUCAAAUGUAUUCCAGGAAGCAACUCUGACAUUGAAAAGCUUUCUUUUUUGUGAUGCAUAUUCUGUUCACAUUCCAACUAUCCUCCUCUUACUCAAGAUAUCCAGUGUGGUAGAGUAGAAAGAGUGCAGCUUUGGCAUUAAAAUUAACUGUUCAAAUCCUGGUUCUGCCACUUAUUCAGUGAAUCUAGGCUACUAGCUCAACUACUGAGGUCAUUUUCUUGUCUGUAAAAUGGGAACAGUAUUAUCCAGCUUGCAGAGUUAUUGUAACCCAAAAAUAAUAAAUAAAAGCCACUAACAAUCCAAGUAAUUAUUAGGCAGAAUCCCAGGCCCACCCCAAACUCAGUGAUAGCAAUCUGAAUUUUAACUAGAGUUCCAGGAGAGUCAUGUACAUAUUAGAGUGUGGGAAGUACUGACUUGUCAAAAAAGUAUUCAGUACCUGGUAACCAUUAUUAUAGUCCUGAUCUGCUAAAUUCAUUUUUUCCUUAUCCCAGGCAUAUUUUUGCUCUUCUCAUAUUGCUCACAACUACCUGCCUGGAUAGUUUUGAAUUCAGCAAAGUUGCAGGAUACAGGGUUAAAACACAAUAUCAAAUGAACAAUCCUAAAAUGUUAUUAAGAAAAUAGUUUACAUAGCAUUAAAAAACAAAAAAAUAGGAAUACUUUGACAAAAGAAGUGCAAAACUUUUACACUGAAAACUGUAAAACAUUCUUGAAAGAAAUUAGAGCAGAUCUAAACAAAUGGAAAAGCACUCCAUGUUCAUGGAUUGGAAGACUUAGUAUUGUUAAGAUGAAAUGUACCUCAAAUUGAUCUACAGAUUUAAUCCAAUCCUUAUCAGAAUUCCAGUGGCUUCCUUGCAUAAGUUGACAAGCUGAUUCUAAAAUGCAUAUGGAAUUACAAGGCACCCAGAAUAGUCAAAAAAUCUUUAAAAAGAACAGAGUUGAAGGGCUCAUACAUAUUAAAACUUACUGCAAAGCUACAGUAAUCAGGACAAUGUGGUAAAGGCACAACAAUAGAUGUAUCAAUAAGUGGAAUUAAGUUGAGAAUCCAGAAUAAAUCCUCACGUAUGUAGCUAGUUAAUUUCAGCAAGGAUACCAAGAGAAAUUGAGGAGAGCAUAGUUUUUUAACAAAUGGUGUUGAGAUAACACUGGUUAUCUACAUGGGAAAAAAAUGAAGUUUUUCUUAAAUCACAUGCAAGAAUCAAGUCAAAAUUGAUCAUAAAAUGUAACAGUUAAAAUUAAAAUUCUUAGAAGAAAACAUUGUAAGUCUUCCUAAUAUCACACACAUGACAAUGUCACACACGUCAUACAAGAAAUACAAAUACAUUGGAGCAUAUCAAAAUUAAAAACUUUUGUACUAAAAAGAUUUCACAUCAAAAGAGUGAAAAGAAAAGCAACAUAAUGGGAGAAAAUAUUUGCAUAUCAAAUAUUUCGAAUAUAAAAAGGACUCUUACCACUCAAUGAUAAAAAUAACCAAUUAAAAAUGGGUAACAGAUUGUAAUAGGCAUUUCUUCAAAGAAAAUAUGUGUCUUAGUAUGCAUGGUUUGCUAUAAUGUACUACCAUAGACUGAUUGGCUUAAAUAACAAACAUUUAAACAUUUAUUUCUCACAGUUCUGGAGACUGGGAAAUCUGAGCUCAAGGUGCCAGCAGAUUCAAUGCCUUGUGAGGGCCUACUUCCUGGUUUGCAGAUGGCUACCUUCUGGCUGUGUCCUCAGGAAAGACAGAAAGGGAUCUGGUCUCUUCCCCUUCUUAUAAGGGCAUCAUAAUUCACUAUGAAAUCACUCUUGUGAUUUCAUCUAAACCAAUUUACCUUUCAGAGGCCCCACCUCCAUAUACCAUCACAUUGGUGAUUAGUUCUUCAGCAUAUGAGUUUGGAGAGGACACAAACAUUCAGCUUAUAGCAAUAUGCAACUGGCUAGCAGGCACGGGCAUAGAUGCUCAAGCAUUACUAUUCAUUAGGGAAAUGCAAAUCAAGACCACAGUGAGAUACCACUUCAUACCCACUAGAACAGCUGUAUCAAAAAGCCAAACAAUAAUAAGUGUUGGUGAGGAAAUGAAGAAAUUGGAACACUCAUACAUUGCUGAUGGGGAUGUAAAUUGAUGCAACCUCAUUGAAAAACAGCUUGGCAGUUUCUACAAAUGUUAAACAUAGAAUUUCCACAUGACUUAGCAAUUCCAUUCCUAGGUAUAUGCCCAGGAGAAUUGAAAACAGGUUCAAACAAAAGCAUGAACAUGAAUGUUUAAAGCAGCAUUACUCAUAAUGGCCAAAAGUAGAAAUGACCCAAACGUCUAUUUACUGAGGAAUGGAUAAAGAAACUUUGACAUAUCCAUACAGUAGGGUAUUAUUUAGCCAUAAAAAUGGAUAACGUACUGACACAUACAACAUUGAUGAAUCUUGAAAAUAUGCUAAGUGAAAGGAGCCAGUCACAAAAGACCACAUAUUGUAUGAUUAAAUUUAUAUGAAAUGUCCCAAACAGGCAAAUCUAUAAAGGUGGAAAGCAGAUUAGUAGUUGUCAAGACUGGGGGUUCAGGGGCAAUAGACAUGGGGUUUCUUUUGGUGGUGAUGAAAAUAUUAAAAAAUUUUAGAUUGUCAUCAUGGUUACCCAACUAAAAAAUUUUAGAUUGACAAUCAUUAGAUUGUCAUCAUGGUUACCCAACUCUGUGAAUGUACUGGAAACCAUUGAAGUAUACGUUUUAAGUGGGAGCACUAAAUGGUAUUUGAAUUAUUUCUCAAUAUGUGUUUUUUUUUAAAGCUAUUGAUUAUUUCUAUCAGUCUCAUUCCUCUUGACAAAAAUCUGAGUUGAGGGUGAGCAUGUACUUCAUUCCUGAAUCCAAAGGGUACAAUAUUUGCACCAUUUGAAUUUGGGAGUGACUUUGCUAUUGCAACCUUCCCCUUGAAGACCUGGAAGACCCAGCAGCAUAAGGAGAAAGAGUAGUCUCUGCCUUGUACUAAGACUUCAGCGAAAAUAAGAGAGAUGGGAGGGACUACCAUUGGGAAGGAGGAGCAAUCUUUCUAGGUAAAUAUUGUGGUAGAAUGGAUAAGAACUUUAGCUUAUCCAAGUUUCAAAUAAACCAAGUUUCAAAUCCUGACCACCGACUUAUUGUGUCACCUUAAUAAGUUACUUGACUCCUCUCAGCCUUCAUCUAUAAAAGGGGGCUAAUAAAAGCCCCACCUCAAAGUAUUACUAUGAUGAUUAAAUGAGAUAAUUCAUAUGAGCACUUAAAAUAAUGUCUGCCAUAUAGUAGGUGUUUAAUAAAUGUUAGCUGCUAGAUUUAUUUUUAUUGAGGUGAGAUUGAAGUAGAACAAUGUAAGGAAAAGUAAAGCAUCUUCAGCUUUGGAGUCAGAUAGGUCUGUUAAUGUGACCUCCAAAGUCACUUUAUUGAGCCUUAGCAAAUAAUGAGGAUAAUAAUCCUUCUCUUAUGGAGGCAGUUCCAAGCCUGGACACUGAAACUCAUACCACAUAGGCUUUCAUACUGGCUUCACCACUUAACACAUUGUGUAACCUUGAGCAUGUUUAAGUUUCCUGUACCUGGAUGUCUUCUUCUGUCUAAAGAUGGAAAGAAAAAUAAUCCUUGGGUUGAUGUCAGAAAUUAUUGAGUUAAUCAAUGCAAAGUACUUGGGACAAUAAGUACUCAAUGAAUGCUACCUUUUAUUAUAAAGCUAAAGUUGGAAUCAAAUGAGAUCUCUGGUAGAGCUGUUCAUAUGGUAGGUUCUCCAUAGAUGAUGGUUCCUUUCCUUACCUACCCUGUUCUGUGCACCAGGUCAAGACAUUUUUGGACCUGCAGGUAAAAGGUUUCAGCCUUGGGAGCUCCCCACCUUCUGUGAGUAAAAUUUUCUGGCAAGCUCAGUACUACCAUUUGAUGAGAACAAUGUAGUCUGUCAGCCACCUGCCAGAUGACUCUCUCUACUCCCAAGAAAACAACCCAUUCAGAGCAAUAGAGAAAGAACUGUUUUGCAUGUGAACCACUUACUUAAGGUCCAAUUUGAGGCUUGUUUAGGGAAAACAUCUACUCCUCAAACCUAUCUUUAGGCUUAAAGUCAACUUAAAUGUUAUUGAGUUUGCUACCCUGGGUUAAGCACUUUCACAUAUCUUUGCUGAUACUAUUUUUUCUAUCUAAAUAUACAUUUUUAAAACAGAAAUCCUCAUUUAAUCUUUAAAACAGCUCUGUGAUUUUUAAACACUUUAUUUAAUUAAAAUUCAGAAUUGUAGCAUUUUUGCUGUUUGUAAAGUAAACAAAAUGGAUUGUAGUGUGCAGUGCCAUUCAUUGAUUCAACUCAUGUGCCAAGAAUUUGUUUUCUGGUCCAGGGAUUCAGAGGUGGACAAGACAGAUAAAGUCCCCACUCUCGUGGGACUUUUAUCCUAAUGAAAGAGAUAGGUAAGUAUAAAUAUACAAUUAUAUAAUACUUUAUAUACAGAAAUACACACAUAAUCACUUUUUACCCUGGUAUGGCAAUGCAAAACAUUCUUGCUUGAUUUCCACAGCUAUGUGCAAUAGGCUAAACCCAUGCAUCUCUUUGCUACUGCAGUAACUAAAAUAUUUUUACAUUAGUUUUCACCAGAGAAUAAUGUUGCAGUGAACAUGAGAGUGCAGGUAUCUCUUCAACAUACUGAUUUCAUUUCCUUUGGGUUUUUACCCAGAAGAAGAAUCUCUGCAUCAUAUGGUAGUUCUAUUUUUAAUAUUUUGAGUAAUGUACACUCUUUUCCAAAAUGGGGCACUAAUUUACAUUCCCACAACAAUGUACCAGGGCUCUCUUUUCUCCCUACCCUCAUCAACAUUCGUUAUCCCUUGUCCUUUUGAUAAAAGCCUACUAUUUGUGACAAAAUGGAUGAACCCAGAGGGAAUUAUGCUAAGUGAAAUAAACCAGACACAGAAAGAAAAAUACUGCAUAAUCUCAUAUGUGGAAUCUAAAAAAGUCGAACACCACAGGGGCAUGGAGGUAGAAGAAAUAGGGAUGUUGGUCAAAGCAUACAAAGUUACAGUUACAUGAAAUGAAUAAAUCUAGAGAUCUCAUGUACAGCAUAAGGUCUAUAGUUAAUAAUACUGUAUUGUAUACUGGAAAUUUUCAAAGAGUAGAUUUCAGGUGCUCUUACUGCAAAAGAGGGUAAUUAUGUGAGGAAAUGCAUAAUUUGCAUGACUGUAGCAAUCGUUUCACUAUGUAUAUGGAUGUCAAAACAUGAUUUGUACACUUUAAAUAUAUACAAUAAAAGAAUUUCACCAAAGACAUUCUUAUUUUAGCACUAAAUAGGAUUUGCAAUGAGAUUUUUAAAAAUUUGUCUAGCAAAAUUAUGACAAACUAUCACUGAAGAAGUAGGAUUUGAAAGUAGUUUAGACAGAAAGGUUGAAUUCCACUGUUGAUAAAGAAAAUCAGUUCAUAUCACAUGGCAAUCUUGCCCAUUCUGUGCAAUAUUCAAACAUGGCCAAACACUAAGGGGUCCUGGCAAAAGCUCCUCUCCUUAACAGGCCACAUUCUGUUUAUAAACUGCUUAAGUUUCUUCAGUAUGACACUUCAUUCUGGAGUUGUUUACUGCCUUUAACAGAGUAAAAUAACAUGGCUUUGAAUUCCCAUUUCCCUCCCAGCUACUGAUUUUCUAUCUGAAAAGGAUAAUUAAUGGAAUUCACCUCCCUGGGUGUUGAGUUGAUUGUAUUUUUUGCAAAGGAAAAAAUCUGGGAAAGGCCAUGAGUGAAAAAUCUUUCCAACUUGAAAAUGCAUUAGAUUAAAUGUGAAUAAGUCUAAGUGCUGAAAAAAAUAACAGUUUUUUUCCUGAUUUCUCCUCAUUUUUAAAUUUGAUAAAGUGGAAAUAGCAGACCAAACUCAGCAGAUACAAUAAAUAACUUAUAAUUGAGAAAAAACUCUUAUUUAGGCUAAGCUUAAACACCUACUGUUUAGAAAUUUCAUAAAUGACUAUAUAUUUAAGUACUUUUUACAAAUAUGGAAUCUUUAGUUUUCUUUUAGAGAAAUGGGCAGUGGUAGGAGUGAGGAGAGGCAGAUAGAAAAGAAUAAUGAGACUGUGGCUAAAUUGGAUAAUACUAUGCAUUUAGAACAUAAUUUUGGUCACUUUCCCACAGGCUGGUAGAUAAUUUGUUCUAUCAAAUAAGCCUGUCAUAAAACUCAGACCGUUACUAAAACCUUUUAUUAAAAAACAUCCAGUUUUGACAAAAGAUAGCCUAAACCAUGUCUGUUAUUGAAACAAUCUCUGAGUGAGAAAAACCAUGUGUUUCGGACCUUGCUGGAAUGGCAUUCAAAACCCUUAGACCUGCAGCUGGCUCUGCCCUCCUCACUCUGUGACCUUGUACCCUUUUAUCAGUUCUGUGAAGGGGAUAUUUUGGUGGUUAUUAAACUGAAGAACAAACUCCUGCCUAGCUACAUAACACCAUGCUCCAAAUUUUGCCCCCAAAUUGCAUACUGGCCCAGGUCCCUCUAAUUGGUGUGGCUGCCCAGAGGAUGAAGUCCUGAUUCCUUGCAUAUAAGGCCCUUCAUGUUCUGUCUCCUAUGUGCUUCUCCAGCUACGAUCCCCUGACACCUUCUGACACUCAUCCUUAGCUCUGGCUUGUUCUGCAAACAUGUCAUGCAGUCUCAUCCCUCUCUGCACUCACAAAGACUGGUUCUUCUGUCUGAAAAUCCACCGCCCCCUUCCCUGAGUUCCCUAUUUAGCUAACUCCAGUUUGCCAUUUGGUGUCAAAUCAGAAUUUACUUCCUUCAGAAACAUUCCUUUGAUAUACUAAUAAUAGUGUCUAGUAUUUGCAUAUGAUCAUUGUUUAUACUUUCCAUCUCUCCCUUUAGACUGUGGGCUUCUUGAGGGCAGAAGCUAAUUUAUACUGCUAAUACUUAGCUCAGUGCCCCAAGCUCAUAGUAAACACUUAGGAAAUACAGGGUAGUAACAUUUUAUGAAGGCCUUGCUGUGGGCUUCAUAUUCUGGUGAUAUCUUACAUUGGCUAAUCUUCCUCAAUACAAUUAUUAAAUGAUAGACUUUCUUAAAACUUGGUCCUAGGCCCCUCUUCUCUUCUUACUGUAUGCUCUCGCCCAACCCUCUCUCUUUCUUAAUCACACAUACCCAUGGUUAGUUUAUCUUCUAUAUAAAGCUGGUUCUCAAAUCUAUAUCUCCAGUUCAGAUUUUUUCUUAGCUCCAAAGCUUUAUAUCUGGUUGGCCCAAUGACACCCCAAAACUCAAAUAUUCAUGUAUCCAAAAUUAAACAUUUGAUUUUCCCCUCCCAAACCUGUUUCCCUCACUGAUUGAUACUCCUUUCCAAACAACUAGAAAAGCUAGAAGUCUUAGAGUAGUCUCAGACAUCCUCCUCUUUCUCACCCCUUCCAUAUAGAAUCGAUCACCAAGUCCUGUCAAUUGUUUCCUCAAUAUGUCUCCAGUCUAUUUACUUAUUUUUCCACAGUAUUAUCCUCUGAGCUACAUCAUUAGCCUAACUAUUCUUCUUGUGUCAUUUCUUGCUUUCUGUAGACUGUUGUUCAUGCUGUAGCCAGGGUGAUCUUGCCAAAACCUUAUAUAUGAUUAUAUCACCCCUUCUCCUGCUUAGGUCAUUUCAAUAGGUUUCAAAGGUCUUUCCAUUGCCUAUGAGGCUCUGCAUGGAUAUCUAUGCCUAAUGAUGUACUAACAUCAGCUUCAACCUCAUUAUCUGGGCAAACUUGCUUUUCAGAUUCAUGUAUGGCUUUGGCUUAGAUAUUUAAACACUGAACAGCCAAAUAUCUUCUUCAGCAUUGAAUUACUUAGCUUUUGCUGCAGGAGCCAAUGACCCUCAGUUUUCAGUGGCUUACAACAAUAAACAUUUUCUUUUCAUCUUACAUGAAGGCUAAUCGCUAGCUACAACUUUGCUGGCCUUAGCUGGGUUCAGCUAGCAUCAUGAAUCUUCUGAUUCAGGGACUGAAGAUGAAAGAACUGCCAUUCUAUAUGUACCCAAUAUAGGGGCACCCAGAUAUAUAAGACAAGUUUUCAAUGACUUAUAAAGAGACUUGGACUCCCACACUAAUAGCGGGAGACUUUGACACCACAUUGUUAAUAUUCAAUGGAUCAAUGAGAUAGAAAAUUAACAGAGACAUUUAUGAUUUGAACUCAGACCUGGAACAAGUAAACUCAGUGAAUGUUUAUAGAAUUCUACACCCCAGGUCCACAGAUCAUACAUUUUUCUCAGUAUCACAUUACACCUAUUUUGAAAGUGACCACAUAAAUGGAAGCAAAUCACUCUUCAGCACUUGCACAGCAUUUCACAGAUUUAAACGAAAUAUUGGUUGGCUGUUUGUUUGUUAUUUUCUUUCCUAUUCCUUCCUGUCUCCGCUGUUAAGCACAAUCAUCAGCAUAAAAGAGGUUUUUAAUACCUAUUUCUAGAUUGCAUUCCAGCCUGGGCAAUAGAGCAAGACUCCUGUUCUCUCUCCCCCUUUUCUCUUUCCCUUUCUUUCUUAAAAAAAAAAAAAGAAAGAACUGCCAUUCUGUUGGGCACGUGCUUCUCUUUUUGGAAGUCAAAACUCAAGAGAGACAGAGCCAAAUGAUGAAAAGAUAUUUAAAAGUCUGCUCUGAUGUAAGGUAUAUCAUGCCCAUUGUAUUAGUUUUCUAUUGCAACAUUACCACAAACUCAGUGGCUUACAACAACACAUAUUUAUUACUUCACAGUUUCUGUGGGUCAGAAGUCUAGGCAUGACUUAACUGUGUCCUCUAUUUAACAGUUUCACAAAGCUGCAAUCAAGGCGUCAGCCAGGCUGCAAUCUCAUAUGAAGGUUUGACUGUGGAAGAAUUACUUCCAAGUUCACUUAUAUUAUUGGCAGAUAUCAUGGCUAUAGAGCUAAGAGCUGAGGGCCCUGCUUUCUGACUAUCAGCUGAAGACUACCUUCAGAUCCUAAAAGCCACCCUCACCUCCUAGUGGCUGUCCACAGUUCCUAGAUGCUGCUCAGAGUUCCUAGAAGCCUUGCCGUAGUUCCUUACAAUAUGGCAACACGUCUGCUUACUUCAUCAACCUAGUAAGGAGAGUAUCUAAAGUGAAUCUGAUAGUAAGAUUAGAUCUUAUACAAUGUAGUGUAAUCACAAAUAAGACAUUUCAUUACCUUUGCCAUAUUCUCUCAUUUAGAUGCAGGUCACAGGUCUCAUCACACUCAAAGGAAAAGGACUAUACCAGGGCAUGAAUACUAGGAGGUGAGGAAUAUGGAGGCCAUCCUAGGGUCUGCACAUCACAUCUACUUGCAUUCUAUUGACUAAAGUAAGUCACUGACUCGCCAGUCCUAAGGACAAUGGGACAGUAAUGUAUACUCUACCUGUAGGGUGGGGAAGAAAUGAAUAAUUUUUAACAAAUAGUACAAUCUUCCAAAACCAUUAUUUCUAACAUUAAGAAUGUGCAUAAUCAAUGAUCAGGUGGUCCUCUAGGCUACUGCAUAAUAAUGACAGUAAUAUGAAUAAUGGAAGUCAUUUGGGGUUAUUAAUAUUUUAAUAUUCACUUUGAAAAAUAGUUAAGCAUUCUAGAUAAAACUGGAGAGAAAAUCUCUUAUGUUCUAUAUGUUUCAAUUAUAUCAAUCAGUCAAAAAUAAAUAUAUAGCUAUUCUUGCAAGAAUAAAAUACAAUAAUGGUGAUUUUAAGAACUGUUAAAUUUAUCUCCAUAAAACUUAACUUCCAAAUAGUUAAAUAUGGAAGUAGCUUGGUAGUUAAUAUGAAUUAUGGGAGUAUACACUCACUAAAUAACCUUAGGGAGACUAUUAUAUAAUUUGGAGACAGUAAGUCUUUUAAAACUUAUAUAAUAGAGAUCCAAGUAUAUUAUAAUUUUAAACUGUAGACUUGUUUGAGGUAUUAGCAUUCACAACAGUAACCAAAAUAACCUUUAUGUACUUACUACAUUUUAGUUAAUAAUUUCAUGAUUCCUUUAGGAAAAAAUAUUAUUUGGAAAUUUUCACAUUUUAUAAGGAUGACUUAAAACCGGUGUGUCAACUUCGUCAAUCAAUUUUUUUAAGGAAGAAAAAUCUCCAAAAUGGAGGUUAAGAGAAUCUUUCCAAAGGAAGUAACAAUUCAGUUAAAACCUGAAAGAAGUAGCUAGGCAAAAGUGAAGUGAAGAAGAGGAGGGAACAAUCCAGGUAGAGGGAGUGACAUUUAAGAGACCAAGAAUGCUGAAUACAAGUCAAAGGGGUUGAAGUGCUGAGGUGUAUUCCUCUACUAUGCUAACACAACUAAAUGGCUUUCCAUGACUCACAUUUCCUAUCUCAAAGUUUUUCCGUGUCAAGGAACAGCUUAGCUGGGUCCUCUCUAAGACUGCAGUCAAGGUCUUAGCCGGGGCUGGGCUCUCAUUUAGAGGCUUGAUUAGGGAAGGGUCCACUUCCACGCUCACUGCAGUUCUCAGCAGUUUCUUUCCUUGUGGCUUAAAGACUUAUGGCAGGCUGCUUUUCCCAAACCAGCAAUGGAGAGAGAAAGACUUUAAAAUCUGCUAGCAAGAUGGAGUCAUAUAUUGUCAUCACAGGAGUGACAUUCCAGUCACCUUUGCCAUAUUCUACUGUUUAAAAUCAAGCCACACAUCCCACUCACACUCAAGGAGAGGGGAUUAUACAGGGGUGUGAACACCAGGAGGUGGGGAUCAUAAAGACCACCUCAAAAAUUGUCCCCCACAGAGAGGCAAAGUGGUACAAGAUAGGUGGUAGAGGUUCACUUAAUCUGCAGUUUAGCCAAAUGAUGCUUGGCUAGGUAUCAAAAUCAAUAUUAAGCAAAAGCUAAGGCCAGAUCCAAAAAUCUUCAUUAUAUACUGGAAUCCUAGUAUACAGGCAUAAAUUUGAAAAUAUGUCAAAAUAUUAAUCAUAACAAAUUUAUUAUUACAAUGAUAGUAGCCAAUUUUGUACAGUUUAUUAUUACAAUCUGGAAACAAAAUUUCCAAGUACUAUUACACCGACUACCACACGGUUGAUCUUUCCUUCAUAGCAUUUUUACAUCCACAACUCUGUAUUUACUUGUAUGAAUUCUGUGCUAAACUGUAAUCUCCAAGAGAGCAGGAGCCUGUGCCCAGUUGUGCAUAGUAGUACUUUUCAUGGAAUAGGAUUUUUUUGGCUCUGAUAUUCCCUUCGAUCCUACCCAUCCUCCCCCAGGAGGCUUUAGCAUCAUUAAAUUGCUUCAAAGUGAUUCUAUCAAAGGUAUUCAUUAAAUGACAAGAGAAGGGUUUGGAACGAGAGAGUUCACUUUAAAAUUUUUAAAUAAUUGUAUGCAUCUUACACUAAAAUUAACUCCAGAUGGAUUAAAGAUUUAAACCUAAGACCUAACACCAUAAAAACCCUAGAAGAAAACCUAGUCGGUACCAUUCAGGACACAGGCAUAGGCAAGGACUUCAUGACUAAAACACCAAAAGCAUUGGCAACAAAAGCCAAAAUAGACAAAUGGGAUCUGCACAGCCAAAGACACAAUCAUUAGAGUGAACUGGCAACCAACGGAAUGGGGAAAAAUCUUUGCAAUCUACCCAUCUGACAAAGGGCCACUGUCCAGAAUCUACAAAGAACUAGAGCAGAUUUACAAGAAGAUUUGGAAACAACCUAAAUGUCCAACAGUGGGACAAUUGGGUGGUUUUUUUGUUUUUUUGUUUGAGGCAGGGACUUACUCUGUUGCCCAGACUGGAGUGCAGUGGCAUAAUCAUAGUUCACUGCAGCUUCAAACUCCUGGACUCAAGCAAUCUUCCUGCCUCGACCUCCCAAUGUGUUAGGAUUACAGGCAUGAGGCACUGUGCCUGGCCCUGGAAUUGUUACAUAUACCACGGUACAUUCAAUCUAUGCAGGGAGAAUGGAUGUUACUUCUUUGUUUAUUAAGUAGUUACCUUCUCUAGGACACAGAAAUCAAACGAGGCUGUUGCCCAAGCAGUACUACAUGCAUUUCCUAAUAAUAAGGUGGCAAACAACUAAUUCAAACAUAGCUGUGUUCAAACUAGUUCUACCAACCUUGAAUGACCAAAUGGAGGUCUACCUAUCCUGAAGCAGUGGUUCUCAAAUGUGGUCCUUGAAGCAACAAUGGCAACAUCAUCUGGGAACAUGUUAGAAAUACAAGUUUUUAAGCCCCAACCCAGAACUACUAAAUCAGUAAAUAUGAAAUUGGGACCCAGCACUCUGUUUUAACAAGCCCUCUAGGUGAUUCUGAUGUACCCUCAAGUUAGAGACCCAAGACCCUUGGUUAUUUUGCCUCUGACCACAAGGUGGCAACCUUUGUCUAAAGUCCUAUGAGUUGCCUAAUGGUUACAGUAGGUAUUAUCUGGUCUAGCCACUGAACUGUCCAGAGGCAGUAAGUAGUGAUAGGAUAUGGGGAUGUGAGGAAGAAGUGAGAGAUUGGAGAGGAAGAAAAGAGAUGAAAGGAAGAAUGAGUACUGGAAGAGGCUUUACCUCUGCUUUGAACACAGCAAUAAACUACAGUGAGGGGGUGGGACAAUGUUCGGGAGUGGUUGGUUGUUUAUCAUCUAACGAUUCAGCUCAUUCCGGGUACAAAAUAAUGUGAAGUAAUGUUGGGGAGUUUGUGAGUAGCCAAUUUCAUCUGUGCGUUUUAUCCUUGUAAUCCCUAGACACUACCCAAAGGCAAGCACCUCCUCACACUAUCACCUAUCCUCUUCCUACUCUCAUAAUUAUGAAUUCCUUCCCCAGUUAUCUUCCAUCACAGAUUCCUCUUCUUUCCACAAUUUUCCCUGGUGCCCUGUUGCACAGUAUAAUAAGCUCAGCCUAUGAAAAUAUACAGAAAUGUUGUCAUCCUUCUUAUUUGAACAUUUCCUGUACAUCUGUAAUUGAGACCUGGCACCCUGCUGAAGAUUCUGCUUCCCAUACCGCCCUCUGUGAUGAAAAUUGUUAAUUUUCUCAAUCCCCAUAAUUUAUAGGGUUUGACCAAGAGGAAUAGAGGGUAGGAAAAUGCAAAGAGAAAUCUUAAAGGAGGAUAAACGUUUCUCAGCUCUGGAAAUGGUAUCCUUGCAGACGUGUAACCCAGCACCUUAACUUCUCAGUUCUGUCGAAUGCUUCAAUUCGACUUCACUUCAACUACUGUCACCCAGGACCACACAGUGGAUGUUUUCAACAUUUAGAGGAAAUUCACAUUGUAAAUAAUUUUUGAAUUAUUUAUCUUUUCCUUUCCCAUUUUCUACAAAAUAGAUUGAAUUUUCUUCUUUUGAUUUACAAAUUAUACCUGUCAUUUUGGUUCUUACUGUAGUUGCCCUUAACUAACAAACGCCCAUGUUAAUUUAACCAUAUUAGUUUCUUAAAUGUAUCAAUAUCUACAUUUUUCUCUUAACAUUACAAGUACUUGAGAAUGUUCUCAUGUUCUUUGGGUCUCACCACACCUUCCUUAUCACUUUGACAAUGUUUAAAAAUAUUUUUUCUGAGUUACUAUGGAUAUAUACUUUUUCUUCUUUUCUGCUCAGUAUUGUCAGCAAUAAACUAUACCACCAAUGUAUA